AGGGGUAGUGGGAGGUGGCGGAAAGUCUACCCACAAUUCCGUGCAUCGAUUUGCGCAUGUCAGUUACAAGCAUUGCAAAUGGCGGCCCUUGUUAUUGUUCCAUAGCGUUUGUAAAUUUGUCCAUAAUAUGUACGUGAUUUUCACUUAUUUAGGUGUGAUUAUUAUGUCAAGGACUUAAGCUGAUGAGGAAAUUUGUGUGAUUUUUUUUUAAUGAAGUGAAGUGGUGACAGUGGAGUGUUUGUGAAAUUGUCUUUCACCUAACCUUACCACCAAGACAUUGGAGACCAUACCAAAAAUAUCAUCAUGCAUCUUGAGUGUAUUCUCAAUUUCUGUGCUGACCUUACAAAUACUUAGAAUGCACGAGGACUGUCUAUUUAGUUUGGCGGUGUGCAGCUCGUUGCUGCUUGGGCUUGUGUGAGGUGCAAUGAGCUCUUGAUUUGGAGCAAGAGCAUGUGAGACUUGUCUGCCAUGGCAGCGGAUAGUGAUGGAGACCUGAUUGAGACGGUGGUCACAUGUCAGGGAGACCUAACAGACCCAGAUUUUCCUCAAAAGUUUCAGAAGAUAGUGGAUGAACUUAAUUGCCUACUUUGCAGAGGUGAUGGGGAGUCCUUGCAAGUCUCCAAAGUGGAACCAUGGAAUUCAGUUCGUGUGACAUUCAACAUUCCACGAGAGGCUGCCCAGCGGCUUCGCCAGCUAGCAGAGGAGGGAAGUCAAGCUCUCUCUGCGCUUGGUAUAUUGUCUGUCCAAGUUCAAGGCGAUCAGGUCAUAUCUCUGACAAUUGCCAACCGUUUUGGUGGAGAACCUCAGGAAAUACGUGUUUCUGCGGCCCCUGCAAAUUCCGAUGGAGCGUCUACGUCAGGUGUGUCCACUCCUUCGGGAGGACUGGGAGGUCUCAUGCGAAACGUGGCUCAAGCCAUGGCCAGUGUACCUACCACACCAAAUGUGGUCGCUCCAAGCAAUGGCGAACCCAUACCUCAAUUUCCUCCAUCAAAGCCACCUUCAGCAACUGUGGUGACUCCUGGAACUCAAAUGAACCCAGCUACCCCUCCAGCUCAAGGAUCAAGGCCACCUGGUCAAGGGCCAUUCCCCUUCAACAGUAUGACCCAGGCAGCUCAGAUGAUGCAAGGAAGAGAUGUUCAGCAAGGAAUACCAACCCCACCACAGUCAGCAGUAGCUCCUCAGGCCCAGCCACAGCCACCUCCUCCUCCUUAUCCAAGUGGUCAAAAUUUGAAAUUGGCCAAUCCUGCCAAUGUAGCAUUAUCAAGCCCUUUACUAGUGAACCUUCUGCAGAACGAUGGGAAUCCUGGUUCUCCUGUUGGAAACCAUGUAAACAAGAUGCUUCCGCCAACUGGAAGCACCUCCGACAAACCUGUAGCAAGAGUUCGUGGUCAAGGGAAGAAUGCUCAGCCUCGUCGAAGAACAUCUGUCACAGAAAUCAGUCAAGAUCUAAAAAGAUCAGCCCCUCCUUCCCCUGCAUUGAGCACAGGCGAAAUUGUGACCAAUCACCUACAGCAUCAUAUUGGCUCCUCAGCCUUUGUGAGUACUGUUCCCUCACCUCCAACUGCCUUACAGUCCCAGCGACUACCCGCAGAAAGUUCUGCACCUCUCAUUCCUUCUCAGCAACCUUCAUUCAAUCAAGUUGGACCUCAAGCUGCUGGCCAUACAUCUCAGCCUCAACAACCACCUCAACAGCAGCAACACUCAAUGCCUGCAGUUGGUAUUCCGCAGCAAGUGCAACAACAGUCAGACUUGCAGACAAACUUGCUAUCAAACCCUGUGCCCCUGGCACAACAACAGAUCCCGACCUUAGUCCCUUCAUCGCCUCAAGUAGACCAGUUCAGAAUGCAAAGACCUAUUCCUCCAUCAAAUGUUCAACAGCAAAUGACUAUUGGAAGCCCUCAAAUUCGUCAAAGACCCCCUGUAGCACAGAAACCUGUGAACCCCAAUGGAGUUUCUUCGAUUGGUCCCUCUUCACUUCCCCCUGGAGUUGGUCAAGGAACGCCAGGAACUGGCUUAUCUCCUGUGUCAUCUGCUCCAUCUCAAGCAUCAUCUGUUUUGCCGAAUGUGUUGUCCUCUGCCUUACCUUCAACCGCAACACAUUCAGCGGCAAUGCCAUCCCAGCCUCCAUCACAAUCUUCCGUUUUACCGGUGAAAGCAUCGUCUUUGGCGUCAGGAACACCUCCUCUAAGCCAGUCAACAACUCCCUCAAGUGUCCCAAGUACAUUAGUACCUCAAAUACAGGCUCAAGGCCAGGGUCGAGCUCCCCUUCAGCCUUCAAGAUUACCUGGACAAGGUCAGCAGCAGCCUCAACCUCAACAACCGCAGCAACCGCAGCAGCAGCCGCAACAGCCACAGCCGCAACAGCUACAACAAGUACCACCCCCACCACCACCACCACCUCCACCGCCACCGGCACAGCAGCUUCAAUAUCAGCAAAUGCACCAACAACAAAUGCAACAUCUCCAACAACAGCAGCAACAACUUCAACAACAACAACAGUUGCAACAGCAGCAGCUUCAACAACAGCAGCAGCAGCAGCUUCAACAACAACAGCAGCAGCUUCAACAACAGCAACAACUUCAGCAGCAACAACAACAACAACUUCAGCAGCAACAACAACUUCAGCAGCAACAGCUUCAACAACAAAGAUUUCAGCAGAGAUCAAUGGCCCCUCGGAUGAACUCUCCUACUGAUGCACAGCCUCAACAGCCACCAAUGGUGCCGCAAUAUAGUCAACAAGAGUAUCAGCGGUUCCCAGGUGUUGAUCCUCGUCUAGCCAACCCUGCAGCGCAGCCAAUGACUCCUGGCACAAUGGCUGUUAGACACCCAAUGGGAGUGGGCAUGUCUGGACCUCUGAGGCAGCCUCAGCCCCAGCAAGCAAUGUGGUCAAAUACCCCACCUGGUACCCAAAAUCUUAACCCAAAUUCUACCCAAAGCCUUAACUCAAGUCUGAUUCAGAAUACUGGUCAAGGACCCAUGAGUUCUCCAUACCCAUCUAAUAGCCAAGGUAUGGUUCCCCCUCAACAGCAAUUGCUCUUGCCUCAACAAUCCCAGCAGCAAACCAUGCCAGUGGCACCUCUUCCACCGGUGGAAAAUAAAGAAACUAGUCAAAAUGCAGAGGAACCCCGUAAGGCAAAUAAUGCUGCUAGUCCACCAACACCACCUCCUGCUCUAACUUCUUCAGGUAAAGAACGUCAGUUCCUCAUUAAUCCUCUUACUGGCAUGUUGGAACCAAUGCCUAGUGAAUCAAGCUCUGACUCAGAAGUUGAGGCAACUGACAAAAAUAUUGAUACUCUAAAGGAAGAUUCAUUUUUUAACUUCUCUUCGCCUCUUAAUGAUCUAUCUAACUCAGUUUAUUCUGAUGAUGAUGAUGACGUAAGCUCUCCCAUAUCUCGAAGAGCUGACACAACCACCACAACCACAGAUCAAUCUGAUUCUGAAGCUACUGUCAGGUCCACGACCAGUGAGACCUCUAUUAGUAGGCGAGCUCGAAUUAAGACUGCUCGAGAUGCAAACAACAGCCCAGCUCCUGAAAAAAUAAAGCUUCGUCUGAAGCUUGAUUCAGCUUACAAGGUUGUUGGUUCUAGUGGGGGAAGUGGUGCUGUUCCUUUUGGUGCACAGCCUGGCCCCUCACAACCUGGCACACCUAACAGUGGAGUUUCUACUGAGGAGCCUCGCGUACCGCCUCUCCACAUCUCUCUCAGAGGCAGAGGACCAAUGGUAGUAAGAGACCGAAAAGAGAGCAAAAAGUGGAUAAAAGAAGUUGCUGUGAACAGUGGAGUUGCCCCUGUAAAUGUAGAUUCUACUAAGAAGUUCAAGCCGGGAAAACUGGUUGCUGGUGGAAGUCCUUCUGCAACAGAAAAUAUCCGUUUGAAGAAGCCUCAUCUUGUACCAGGUUCUGUUCAAAGUUCGGUCCCUGGACCAGGCUCGCCCACAACAGAGUCAGCAAAUAUGAUACGGACUAGCAUUGCUGGUGGUGAAAAGAUGCGAACCAAAACAAAAGUAGCUCGUCACCGUUCAGAUGAGGAUUUGGCUGCUCGCCCUGUACUGGAACCUGGUGAAAUUGUUAUGCCAAAUCCUAAUGUAGGAAAAAUGAAGCCAGCAAGUGUUGUUUCUAAUAUUGGCUCCUUACCUGUUACUUUAAGUACACCCACUAGCAGUUCCAGUAAUCCUAUCAAAGCUUUUCCUGAAAAGGAUGUAGCAGUAAGGAUUGCUAAUCGCCCCAACACUGCUCAGCUUUUACCUAGUAAUGCACGUGGCCUUGUUAAAAAUCGUAAACAGAAGAAGAAAGUUCUUCCUACCACAGGAAGCUUUCAAGAAUCAGUUUCAUCUGAAGGCAAAAUUGUUGCAACUGAUGAAUCUGAGAGUGUUGGUGUAUCACCCGCCACUUCCCCCAAUGUGAGGUGGAGUGUGGAGGGUGAAGCAGCCAGUGAUAUUGGGCAGAAUGGGGUUGGAAAUGGGGAUGAAGAGAAGAGAAAGAGACCUGUUGGAUCAGAAAAGGAUAUUAACUUUCCAGAUUCUCUAGCAGCGGUGGCUUCAAAAAUUACCCCUAGAUCACCUGCUCCGUCAUCAGAGUCAAGCUGUAAUCCAGACAGUUCAGAUGUUGUGGCUGCCAAACCUGGGGAGCAUGACAACAAACCUGUGAUAAAUACCAUUAGGACAGUGAAUGCAUCUAAAGCAAAAAAAGUGGACCAUUUAAGGCAUGGUAGAAAAUUGUCCAGCUCUUUAAAUAAAUCUGUUAUGAAGACCGCUGUAAUGAAUGAGGCUGUGCUGAAUCAUCGUAAAACUUUGCAAUCAAGACUAGAACUGCAUGAAGGUCAAGAUCAUUUUUCCCAGCAUCACAAGGCAAUUAUAGAGAGUUGCCGUCAAAUUCAGAAAAUAUCUAACCAUGAUGGCAAACGUCUGAUGAAAAAGGCCGAAAAGGGGGAAAGGCUUAUGGAGCGUCUACCAGUUGGUGAUUUAGUUAUAUCUGAAGCUAAGAUCAAGCAACAGUUUCUUGAGGGUGAACCCAGAAAAAACACAACUGUAUUGGACAAGAUAGAUGUUCCUCCGGUUGCCGAGGCUGAAGCUGCUCCAACUGCUGGUGCUGAACAAGGAAACACCCAAGGAGAAGAUUCAGGCAUUGAAUCCAUGGAUGCAUUGUCUGAAAAAUCGCCAAACCAGGGUGAGUCUCCUUGUCGAAAAGAUGAGAAAGAAAUUGAGUCAUCAUGCUUACCCCAAGAGAAGAAACCUUGCGUUAUAUCCACCUCACCAUCAGAAUCUAAAGUUCAGUGUAGUGAAGUAAAAACCGAGCCCAUUCAAACAAACUCACUUAAUUCAAAACCUGGAGAUGAAGUGGCAGCCAGCAUUGCAACAGUAUUAUCAACCAAACCUGUGAUUCCAACCUCAUCAACCAAGCAUGUCUCUCCACAAGUUAGUCCUCUUAAAGACUCUCUAGUGAGUGCAAUGGCUGCCAAAGUUAAAUCUGCAAUGGAAUCCAGUCCAACAAAAGUGAGUGACCAAAAGCCAAAAGUGGAACCAAAAAUAGAACUCACUGCCCCAGCAACAGAUGAAACAACCGUACCAAUAGGCUCUCCAACAUUAGAAGAUCCUCAACCUAUCAGAAUAACUCCCCCAUUGUACACCUAUUCCAACCCAGAAAAACAUAGAGAUGAAACCCCAUCUCCUACUAAUCUUGAAGAAGAAGAUGGAGACCCAUCAACUGAAGAUGGCUUACUUGAUUGCCCUUCUCCUGGUGGUGCUUCGGGUAGUGCUAUACAAAGAAGAAGGGAGAGGAAGAGAAGAAUGUUAAUGAGAAACAUUGAGAAAGUACGAUCAUCAGCUGGUGAUGAACAGGAAGAUGGUGGCCUUGCUGUUGGAUCAUCUGCUUCCACUGUCAAUGAUUUUGGAGGAAAAGCCGCCAGUGUUCCUAAAACUAUGCUUCAACAACUUCUUAUUGAGAUACCACCAGAUGGCCUCGAGAGGAGAGGUGGACGUAGUACCCGUUCUCAAAACAGAAUGGGUCAUCCUAGUCCUGAUGUUUCACUAAAUUUAAAGACUCCAAAGUCUAGCCCUGGAGGAGGACCAGUGCUGCGUGGGUCAGAUGAUAGGUCUUCUUCACCAAUUGUAACUGGAAGAAAUAACUCUAACAAGCCAAGCCCUAACCCUGUACCAAGAAUGAAACGGAAAAGGCAAAAUUCUGAUUCAAGUGCUGCAUCUAGCGUCACAGAUGAUCUCAAUGUAACAUCAUCUUCAACCCCUAGACCAGGCAAAAGAAAGUGUUCUGAAAAUGCAGUUGAGCUUAUUAAGGCGUGUAUGGGUGUUGAUGGUCAAAAGCCAACAGAUCCAACUGUAGAAAUUACUCCUCAAAUUAUGCGAAAAUCUCGGAGAGGUGGUAGCUCAGCAUCAGUAGAUGUUGAGUCUUCAGAUGAUGAGCCACUUAUAGAGAUAGUGGGUAAGGGACGCAGAGAUGAUGGAGCUGUCUCACCUGGUGCUCAGUCUGUUAGUAGUACAUCCAGUCGCACAGCCAAAGAUGAGGACACAAAGUCUAAUAGUUCAACAUCCAAGACAGGAAGAUCCAGUGCUAAUCUUUCCACCAAAAGUCAAGCUUCACCUUUGGGCAGUAACUCAUCAACUGCAUCAUCAGCAUCAACUUCUUCUUCAACUAGCAAUAGCAAUGGAACUAGUUCUACAACCACAGUGACCAGACGAUCCGGUCGUCAGACAGCUGUAGCUGGGCCUGCUCCAUCAUCCAACAAUUCUGGGGCAACUCCUGUUAAUAAGACGAAUGCAUCGAGUAAUAGCAUUACUGGUGGGACACGAGCUGCAACAGCAGUCAAAUCAGGGCCUGCAGCACCAAAUACUACAAGUACAAGUGUGACUGUGGCUGCAAGUGUUACAACUCUCUCACAAGAAGAGGUCAAAACCCGACGCAAAACCAGAAGUGUAGCUAAUGCAUCUGAAGCUGACACAGCAGGGAGCAAGAGACGGAGAACAUCCAAAGAUGGCAAGUGACAAUCGGAUUGGGUGGAGGAAGAUCCACCCAUUUCUUCUUUUACUGAUUCCCCCCUCUCAUCUCCAGUAUGUGAUGAUGACAUAUUGGAAAAUGACAUGGGAACAGUGCUGGCCACUCUUCAAGUCUCCGAUGGGGCAGUGCAAUCUUGUGGCUGACACCAGAUACAGACAAUUUUCAGACUGUGUUAAGCCUUCUGCUUUCUGUGAAACUGAUUUGUGAAAUGGCUUCCACCCAUCUUUGGGAUGUGCUUUUAAGUUGAUUUUUAUGAUUUUAUGCCAUUGAGUCUGUAAUCAGUAACCCCUUAAAGACCAUAACUUACUAAGUGUGGUAUAAAAUAACAUCAUGGCUUGUUUUUCUCAGCUAAUUUUUGUAAAAUAAUGAGCUGAUGUAAGGGAUUGCAAACUCUCCCAUUGGAACUAUCUUGAAUAUUAGCUUCUUAAAAGUUAUUUUUAUGAAGUGUUUUAGUAUUGUCAUUUACAUGUACUUUUUAUAACCUUAAGAUUGUUCACUCUUUUAUUAAAUUUAAUGUUUUUUUCUAUUUUAAAAUGUUAUAUUCACUUGUAGUUUCUGCUCACAAUGCAGCCUCAGGUCUCAUCUUGUUAAGUAUUUUCAACUUAAAGCAGCUAAUAUUCAAGAAAGAUUGUCUUGACAAACAUAUUUCCGUACUUGUGGUUCCUGGUCUCCUACAUUGUGGGCAUUUCUGUGUUUUGUUGCACAUUCUUGAAGUAUUUCUUGGGAGUCAAUAAGAAACUUUAAUCUGUGCAUAUGUAUCUCACUUUUAGGCUGUUCACUAUUUAGAUAAAAGUGGUAAAAUAAUUCCUACUAGCUCAACACUACCAAGUACAAAACAGAUGUGUGUCUAGUUUAAGUUGGUUUGCAAACCUAAAGCUCUGCUGAGGACUGACUUGAGUAUACAAAUUCAAGAUUUUAAAAGGGAACAUAUUAUUAAAAUUUUAAUUGAAUGACAAUAUGUUUCAGCUUGACCCUUUGGUUCAUUCAAGAAUCUUGUUGUAUACCAUUGUAGAAUCAGUUAUCCUGUACCACCUAAGACUGAGCAAUGAAAUAGUAACAGGCUUGUUAUCUGGCUAGUAGGUUUGAUUUAAACUAUGCGUUUUUUUAGGUUUGGUUUUAGGUGGUUUGCUAAUCUGCAUUGCCUUUUGUCGCAAAAAAAUGUUAUGCACUUGAGGGCAGCCUGAUAUUAACGUUGAGAAGCCUUUUGGUUGCCUCUAUUUUGAGCUUCACAGUAUCAACUGUCUGUUUGUCUGUGUGUCCGUCCAGUAAGUUAAAAAAAAAAUUAAUAUUAUUAUUAUUUCAGUCUUGUCUUAUCUGUUUUUAAGCUCUCAUAUCUUUAUAGUGUAAAUAACUUGUUAUUAUUACACCCUUAAAGCAAAAGUAACUUGUUGAAAUUUAUGCUCCUUUUUUUUGUUUUUUUUUAUUUGAUGAAAAAUGAAAACAAAAUCAACAGUUAUGUUCUUUUCAGUUUUUUUUAUUUUAAUUGUUAAUUUCGUUUUAAGUCUGUACACAAAGUUAGUCGCUCUGGCAACUUAAGUAAAACAAGAAAAUUUUACCUCGUAAAGCUACAGCAAACAUAUUGCGUAUGUUUGUUAUUGCAGACUUCCUCAACUGUGAACAUCAUGUUUUCCUUUUUGUCAAUAAAUUGUUAUAGGUUGGGUGCCUUGCA